ACAGCAAAUCAAUAACAUAUUCACAUCAGAGAGCCACGAUGGUAACCAAGUCACCGAAAUCCAGUGUCCUUCUUUACGUCCUUGUUCUUGCGUUGAUCUUGUCUCCAAUACUCCCAUGCCAAGCAGCUAGUGUGCAUCUAGGAGGUGGAGGGCGUAAGCUGAUGGCACCAUCACCACCAGUUCGCAUGUGUCCACAGUGUGUGUGUUGCGCACCGGCUCCACCUGGAUAUUGCUGUCCAUGUCGCUGUCCCGGUGGUCCCUGAUGAUUAUGAACUUUGUUAUUAAAGGGGAUAAUGUGAUGUGUUUGAUAUAUGUGUAAUAUUUGCACGUAUGAAUAAGUAAACAAGAAGUGUUAUUUGUGUUUCCAAUAAGAAAACUUUUGGGUAUACGCUGAUGAAUUUUAAAAGUCUAUAACUUUGUUUUGAUGUUCUUUCUCCUUGAAUAUGAUGAAGAACUAUAAAAACAUGAAAUGCUGAG